AUGGCCCACCCACGACCACCCAGCCCGAUGAGGCCGAGCCCCAGGCGGCCAGAGGAACGGGCGGCCGCCGGGUAUCUUCCCUUCCCAUUACCCAACCGCGGGUCUUCACUAGCCAAGCCCGGUGCUGAGGUGCCACCCGACCAACCCGCACAAGAGUAUCCUCCAGCAGAUGCGUGGUCUUCCGUACCGCACCAUCGAGGCGAGACGGACUACUACCCCAUGGCCUUACACCGCGCGAAAUAUGCAGUAGAGCUCGACCACCAGGGCCGGCCGACAGAAGCAGUACAAGCGUACUGCGAUGCGAUCAUGCUCAUUGAACUGAUGCUGGAUAAGCAGGACGAUGCGAUAUUAGCGUCAGGGGGGUGGGGAACGGAUCUUACGGGGACGAUUGUACCGUUGAGGGGGAGGAGCGGGUCAAUUAGGAAGCGUGGAUCGGUUGGGAAGCGUGGUAAGGGUGAAGAUGGUGUCGUGCAGGCGGUGCUCGGAUCCGGAGACGGUGGAGGUGCAGCCGCCGGGUCCGAUGUCCCGCAAGAGACCAUGGCGCUGCUGGCGUGGUAUGUGCAUGGGCGGACGGAUUUGAUCACAUCUCGAAACUCGUAUGUGCUCAGAGCCGGGGAGCUCCUUUCAGAACUGCCGCCGGAAUGGUCGGUGCUGUAUGACACGAGGAAGAGUCAGGUCGCCGCAUUGGCUACCGCUGCUCUUUCUGAGAAGAACGCGGAGCGAGACAGGUCUGCGGGAGGUGCAGCAGACACGGCAGCCGGUGGAGCGGGAUCUCUUCAACCACCGCGCACGUCGAUAUCGAACGAGCAGCCUGCGGCGCAUGGCUCUUCGUCUUCGCACACGGCAUUACCGCAACCCGCUCUUCCAGCAGCACCCUUCACGGGCCCAAGCCGCCGCCGCUCGCUCUCAUUUUCGUCGACGCGACCCUCGUUCCGCAGCAAUUCGAUCACAUCAGCCUACAGCAACGCUAGCAGCGUAUCGGGGAGUCAACAUGGUUCCGGGCCUGUGGCCACACCCGAUCAGCUGUUUACGGCCACCGUUGCAUUCACUCCACCCCCCUACGUCCCGCCACCAGCACCAUCACCCUCCGUAUCACCCACAUCGAUGACCGUAACUCACGCGGUCUCACCCACGCGCAGAACCCUCACCCUCCUCCGCAACGUCGCAAAUACCAUGACCACCGGCGCGUACCUCUCCCCCGCGCUCUACGUUCCACCCACAAUAUGGCAGCAACCGACGACAAAGCUGCCCUCUAUUGACACCAAAAUCGCCCUCUGCGAAAAUGUGAUGAUCGCGCUCAACAUGCUUAUCGUCAACUACCUCCCAGGCUUUGCAUCGGGCAGAUCCUCCAUUACAUCCACGUCCUCGGCGUCCAACGCCAUCUCGGCAACGAUGAAUUCCAGCGUCGUCACGUACGCGAAUCUGGCCGCCGUAGCGUCGGCCGACCCGAACGCGCUUCUAAGAGAUCUGGAACGCGUGGAUCAGGCUUUGGAAGCCGUGCGGAGUAGCAAUGCCAAGAAGCUGAAGCAGUGGAGUGAGGAUCCAAGCUCUUCUUUGUCGAUCCUGCCGUCGGCGAUAUCAAAGCAUCUGCAGCCCAUGUCGGCGUCCACAUCGUCCCUCGCAUCGCCGACAGGUCCGCGGCCCUUCGAUUACUCGGAGAGUCUACCGCUUCCCAUCGCGGUCGUGGGUUCAAAGUCCACCUCAGCCCUCCCUUACGACGUGCCACCACCACCGUCACCGAAACACGGUUCACCGCCUGUCCCGUACUUCCUCCCGCAAUCCACUCACCAGCACCACCACUCCUCCACAACAUCACUCGCAUCCGCCUCAUCCGCAGCAACCCGGCUCUCACUAUGGAGUUCGAAAAUCUCCAAAUCGGUCGAGAAAUUCACUCACUCGCGGCCUAUCGGCGCGAAUUCAUCUCAUUCAGAUCAUAUUGACAAGCAGGGCAUGAAACGCCCUUCAUUGGUGUUUUCGUCCACCGCGUCCUCCUCACCGGCCACAUCCAUCCCGCCCACCCCCGUUUACCCCACCGCAAUGGCAAGUCUGCCCGUGUCCCCGCUGACGUUGCCGACGCAGGGGUAUCAUGUAGACGUCCCCGCGCCGCCACUCCCGUCCGCACCUUCGACUGUACAACAACAGCAGCAGCAGCAACAACAACAACCGCCGCAAUUCGCAAACAGUUAUGUGGACACGCUGCACAGGAUGUUGAUGCAGACCAACGUUCUGGACGUCAUUUAUGGUGUUUAUGGAGGCGAACAGGCCGUGGUGGCGUAUGACGGCGGGGUCGGUGGAGCCGCCAUGAGCGUCGCGAAAGUGUACGCACCGUUGGAAUCCACUGGCGGCCUACGCGGGGACCCACACUCCAACCCGACCUCCAACCCACCCUCACGGCAGGGCAGCAGCAGCAAUCUAGGCGUGUACAGCAAAUCGCAAUCCCUCUCCCUCCCCGGCUCGCGGAGCAUCACACCGCGAGGCAGCAUCGCGUCCCUUACUAGCCGGCUAUCCACCGUCAGCCUGCAACAACAGCUGCAGCAGCAGUUGCAGGCCGCGCAGCAACGGGAAUAUGUCCCGCCUGUACCUGAGCUGCCGGCGAAUUACUCGGCUAUCAAUCUCGCGAAUUUGGCGAAACCAACGAAUUCGCCACCGCAUCAUCAUCAACAACAGCAGCAGCAGCAGCAACCCCCAACCUCCCACCUCACCGCCGCUUUCGACCCCUCAACCCCAUCCCAAACCAACGCAGUCCAAAUACCCGGAACACCCUCCACAACCCCGCCCCGCCUCUCCACAUCCGCCCCCUCCUCCGGCACCUCCACCCCCCGUCUCUCCGUCUCGACUCGCCCACGGCACCCACACCCCAUCACCACCCAUAACCCCAACACCAACCCAACGAUCGUCAUAACAGCCCCACCGGCCAGCAUCACCAAGAUCCGCGCGAAACUGGACGCCAUCGCGACGUUCUACGGCCGGGUUGUUGUCAGGGGGUUUGUCGUGAGGGAUCUGGAUCGGCUGGUGGAUCGGAGUUGGAGGAAGGUUCGGAAGGUUGCUGUUGGGUGA